GUUGUGGGGCAGGUGUGGCAGGUCCAGAGGAAACAUGAGAACAGGUGAGCUGCUCGGAGUUUCUCUGCUGCUGCUGAGACUCACCACUGCAGAUGGGUUCCUUAUUUAUGGGACAGAGCUCUGCAGGUUCAACUCCUCAGACCUGAAGGACAUCGAGUACGUUUACUCAUUAUAUUAUAACCAUGUGGCGUUCCUGCGUUUCUCCAGUCGUCUGGACUGGUACACUGGGUACACGGAGUUUGGGCUGCACGAGGCUCGCAUCGCCAACAACGACACUGAUCGACUAAACCGGAGACGGGUCAUGAAAGAGAGAUACUGUCUGCAACACGUUCAACUCUGGUACAAGAACGUUCUGAACAGAACCGUGGCUCCUGAGGCGGUGCUGACCUCCUCGCUGCCCCCUGGAGGCUCACAGAGGAUCUUCACCUGCAGCGCCUUCAACUUCUUCCCCAGAAACAUCUCCAUCUCCUGGACCAUCAACGAGGAACCCCCCUCCUCAGAGGUGUCCUCCUCCGACACUUUCCCCAACGGAGACUGGCUCUACCAGGCCCACAGCCAGCUCAGCUACGCCCCCAGGUCUGGAGACAGAGUUUCCUGUUGGGUCGAACACGCCGCUCUCAAAGAUGCUCUAGAGGUGCCCUGGGAGCCGUUGUCUCACGGGGACAGAAACAAAAUGGUCAUGGGGAUUUCAGGCUCAGUUCUGGGUCUGGUACUCGGUCUGAGUGGAAUCCUGUACAACUGCAAGACCCGACCCGACUGUUCCAGAGACUCUGGACUCUGAUCUGAAGGUUGUUGGUUCAAAUCUUCAGAUCAUUCACUGAUUCCAGCUGAUGUGUCCUUGGGCAAGACACUUCACCAGCC